CAAUAACAGUCUAAGCUCCAUACUGAUGCCCCACUCAGUGUGCUUCACUAUGAGGACAGUGCACGCUCCAUAACCUCACACCCAGGUGUGCCUUUCUUCUUUGCUCCAAGUCAAACUUGGCACUGGGCGAUCAAAACAAGACGUUUUUCUGAGACAAACAACAGAGCAGAGUGCAUCCUUGUACACAGCUCUCCCCACCGUGCCUCUCCUCCCCUACAUGUACCUAUAUCAGAUAUCAUUUUUGUAAGGAUACUCUCACUCUCUGUGCUCCAGUCAACACAUCUCAUGGUGAGACGGUUCCACUGAAGGCAUGUCCAGCUAGACGAAAGGAUGGUUUCAGUCACACAGAAGAGCAGAAGUUGUGUGCUGCUGCUUCUCUCACUCACCCCAUCAAUCUUCCCCCCUCUGUCCAUCUCUAUCCUCCCUGCUCUCAUCAUCUCUGUCUGGCCGGUUCUUUCAUUAUCUGACCUGACGACCCCACCUGCUGGUAACAUAUCAACCGUUUCCAACGCUUUUACCACUCCUGCAAUUCUAAAAUCACCCACCUCCACCAUCAGCACAACGUCUUCGUCAAAAGCCUCUAUUAUAACUCUGUAUCCCUCUAAAUCAACGUCAGCUACCUCUACAGUGUCUCUCUUUGACCAAACAUCCUACAGAGGCCUCCACAUAUCCUCACCUUCAGCUGCUACAAAAACAUUUACCCCUCAGUACCCCUGCAAACUUCUCACAAUAUCCCAAAAAACUAUAGGACUACCUCUGCACAAAAACCUAGCACGUCAUUUGUCCAAAAUGACUCCUGUGUCUGCUGAAAAACUUCCUCUUCACACUGCUAAACAAUUUCCUCCCACCAACUCAACUUCACUUCCAAAGAGUUUGCCAUCUUCCUCUCCACCUCAGACUGCUUCACACAAGUGUCGCUCUCCUGUUCCAACAUCAUCCUUUUCCACAGCAUUCUCGACUUUAACCUCUAAAACAUCACCACCUCCUCCUGCCAAAACGUCCCCCAUCCCUCUCCCCAAAACCUCGACAUCUCCUUCAGAAGCAGCGGCCUCUCGUCAGCCCGGACCACUUCCGCCUCCCUCUCUCCCCCACACCACAGGUCCGCUGUUUGAGCACCAGCCUUUCAUUGUUAGUUGGAACAUACCUGAUCUGGUGUGUAACAGGUACAACAUCUCACUGGACACCUCACCCUUUAAAGGAGUGACCACACCUGCUAAGGUCCCAGGCCAGUUCCUGUCUCUGUUCUACACAGAUCGAUUGGGUCUUUACCCACACGUAGACCUCACUAGUAGGAAACAAUUCAAUGGUGGCAUCCCUCAGAGAGGUAACCUGAAAGCCAGUAUGAACAAGGCCAGAGCAGAUAUUGACUACUACAUCCCAUCCAAGACAAGCCGAGGCUUGGCUGUGAUAGACUGGGAGGAAUGGCGCCCCCUAUGGGACAGAAACUGGGGCACUAAGAGAAUCUACCAGACUUUAUCUGUGGCUCAUGUUAUGAAGACAAACUGCUCCCUCACAGUACAGCAGGCCACAAAUAAAGCCAAACAACAGUUCCAGGUGGCAGCGAGGAGUUUCAUGUCAGGGAUGUUGGCAAUGGGCAGAGCUAUGAGACCCAACUAUCUCUGGGGCUUCUACCUGUUUCCUAACUGUUACAAUUAUGGCUGGGAGAAGCCAGACUACACAGGCCGGUGCUCCAAGGAGGUGAGGAGGCAGAAUGAUGAGCUGCUCUGGCUGUGGGAGUCCAGCACUGCCCUCUACCCCUCUGUCUACCUGCAGGUCUCUCUGGCAGACAAUCCCAGAGCCGCCCUGAUGGUUAGAAACCGUGUCAAGGAAACUUUGAGAGUAUCUUCCCUGCCCAGACGGAGUGGCACUGCACCCGUUUUUGUUUACAUGCGACCUGUCUUUGUCGACCAGAACAGACGCUUCCUCAGCCAGGGAGACUUGGUCAGCACCAUUGGCGAGAGUGCAGCAGUGGGAGUGUCUGGCGCUGUGCUUUGGGGGGCCAGCGCUGAUUAUGAUGACCAGACUUCUUGUGAAGCCCUUUCAUCCUACCUCUCCUCCACCCUCAACCCAUACAUCACCAAUGUCACCGUAGCUGCCCAGCUCUGCAGCAACUUCCUGUGUCGAGGGAAUGGCCGCUGUGUCAGAAAAAACUACAACUCCAACCACUACCUCCACCUAAACCCUGAGAAUUUCAGGGUCAUGCAUGUUCAGAACCGCUACCUUGUCCUAGGGAGACCUACCUUCGCAGACCUGAAGACUUUGAGCAGGAGGUUUACCUGUCAAUGCUACAAAGGACUGAGUUGCUCUCCCAGGACACACAGAGAGCUAGCCAAGGCCCUGAUGUUUAGUGUGAAACAAGAGCUGUACCAAAAGGCUCACACUCUGAAUAAAUCCAUGUUGGAUGAUAUGCAACAAGCCAGUAUUACUAAGGACAAUGUUAAAAAGAACUUGAAAGUUUAGCUUGUAAUCAGAGUUCAGACCUGAAGUUCUUUUUUUCAGGAAACACACCACUUAAACCAAAACAUACUGUACAUUCAGACCUGGGAACUACCCAGUCCUGUCACAAUCCAGUGCUGGACACUCUGUGUGUUUAGUCCACUGCGUGAUUUGCAUUUGUAGUGAUUAAAGUGAAAAGACUGCAGGCAUUGCUCAACUGAAGCACAAAAGCAGAUUGCGUCACAGUGCAUCCUUAGUGAACCUGGAGCUACUGGCUUAGUUGAGGAGUUUCUGCCGGGUUUUCUGCUACAGAAGUUUUCUGAAAGAGUUCAGGGAUACCAUCAACGUUUUCGUCAUCAGCUCACCUUUUUUUUUGUUAUUGCCUCCCAUCACACAUACAUUUUGCUGCAUUGAGUGAUUUAGCGUAUUAGCAGCUGAUCAUCAGCAAGAUUAAAAGGGCUCAGGAAGCAUCACCUCAUCUAUAUAACGCAUGUAUACUAUGACCACUGACAGAACAUGUUCCAUGGCCUUGCCAAACAACAGGGCUACCAUUCAGGGGUUUGCCUAAUCUCAAAUAAAACAAAUACUGUGCUAUAUCAGGUAACUAUUAGCUGUGACAAUAUUAUUGCCACUGGGCAUCUGCAUAUGAUUUGAAUGUGUAUGUAAAUAAAUGACAAGA